UUGCAUGCAAUACUGUAUUCUCGUGCGUCGAUGGAUAAUAAUUUUUUGAACACUUUGAGAAGGAAUUAGCGCAAAUAUGACUUCCAAGCAGCCUGAGGUGUGCGAUGUUCCAGAUAUCAUCGUCGAUCCCAGCACAACACCCAACGUGACUUACAAAAGGGGCCGUUUUUUCGGCAAAGGUGGAUUCGCCAAAUGCUAUGAAAUAACAGACAUUCGCACCAAUGAAGUUUACGCGGGCAAGGUUAUCCCCAAGAAAUUGCUGCUCAAGCACAAUGCUCGCGAGAAAGUUGUCCAGGAAAUCAACAUCCACAAGAGUCUCAAGCACCCAAAUGUCGUGGGCUUCAGUGGUUUCUUCGAAAACAGCGGCAACGUCUACAUUAUUCUGGAGCUCUGCAAAAGACGAUCCAUGAUGGAGCUACAGCGGAGACGCAAGAAGCUGACUGAGCCUGAGGCCAGAUUUUACUUGCACCAGGUGCUGCUUGGCGUGCACUAUCUUCACGAGCGCAACAUCAUACACAGAGACUUGAAACUAGGAAACCUGUUUCUCAAUGACAAUCUGCAGGUCAAGCUUGGAGAUUUUGGACUUGCUACCGUUGUUGAGUUCAAAGGAGAAAGAAAGAAGACGUUGUGCGGCACUCCCAAUUACAUUGCUCCUGAGGUGUUGAACAAAGUGGGCCAUAGCUUUGAGGUUGAUGUCUGGUCAAUUGGCUGCAUCCUGUACACUCUGCUGGUCGGCCGGCCUCCUUUUGAGACCACAUCUCUCAAGGAGACAUACCAGCGCAUCAGAAACUGCGAAUACAGUCUGAGCAAGGCAGCUCUCUCGCCAGAGGCAGUCAACCUGAUCCGCCGCAUGCUGCAGUCAGAGCCAAAGGCCAGGCCCACAGUUAAACAGCUGCUCGACGACCCAUUCUUUACCUCUGGCUACAUGCCAAAGGAGCUGCCAACCACCUGCCUCUCUGUGGAGCCUCGCUUUGACCCAGCCAUUCUUGCCAAGCACAACCAGAGUGCUGUGUCUAUAAAGCACCCCGCCAGCUACGCUCCAGCGGUUGGAACUGCGAGCAGACGGCCACUCACCCAGGUCAACCAAAUCGACCAUCGCGGUGACCACAUCGAGGCCCAAUCGCAGCCAGUUGGUCCCACUGUGAUGGAGAACAGCUUCAAGCACAUGCUCAUGAUCAAAGACCAGCUCACCAACUUGCUGGACAAACCCAAUUUGGUGAAGCCCAACAAUUCAUUCCUUGGAGAAGCUGAGGAUCCUGCCGCCCAAGCUCUGUUCUGGAUCUCCACCUGGGUGGACUACACAGACAAGUACGGCUUUGGCUAUCAGCUUUGCGACGACAGCGUGGCUGUUGCGUACAACGACGGCACCAAGCUGAUCUUGCUGGCAAAUGAGACUGACCUUCAAUACAUUGAGCGAGACGGACAGGAGCACUACCACAAGAUGUUGUCCUACCCAACCAGUCUGUCCAAGAAGAUGAAGCUGCUUGACUAUUUCCGCCGCUACAUGGUUGAGCAUUUGGUCAAGGCUGGUGGCCGCCGGUUGUCCAAGGAAUCUGACUCAAUGGCCAGGAUGCCCUACCUCUGCCACUGGUUCCGCUCGAGAAACUGCGUCAUCAUGUUCUUAACCAAUGGAACUCUGCAGAUCAACUUCUCAAACCACAACAAACUGAUCAUCUGUCCGUUGAUGGAGGCUGUGACGCACAUCACGUGUGACAAUGUUCCCCACACAUACCGCUUCUCCACCAUUGAGCGCGAAGGUUGCUCCAGCGUGCUGCACAAAGGCCUAGAAACUGCCCUGGUGAAGGUCAAGGCUAUGAUCGCCACGACACAACCAACCAACGCUUGAUUUUAAAUUGCUGAUUCUUGUAUUUUUAUCGAUGGUCAUGAUAACGCAUAAUUUUUUUAACUACUUCAUAAACGAAACAAACAAUGUGUUUUGACAAAAGAUAUUGCUUGCCUUUGAUACAUAUUAUAUGAAUCCGUAGUUGAUACAAUUAUCUUAACAUUUGUAGGGUAAAUACUGCCUAGAUUUUAACUUUUGUAAAUAUUUCACUCAAAAAGUAUCAGCAUUUUACACACUGGAUGUACUCUCAAUAAAACGCUGCCAAUUUGCAAGAGUCUAAAAUUGAAAAAUGGCUUUAUUUAAACAACUAGUGCAAUAGAGAUAUUUUUUCUUGAAGUAUUGAUAAGAGACUAGUUAAGUUAUUGAAAAGAAACUAAUGAAAUGACAUCUAUAAACUCUACCUUUCACGUGUGACUUUUUUUUGAAGAUUUUUGGUUUUAUCCGUUGUUAACAUUUCAUUCCUUGUGCAUUAUUCUUGAAGCUCACAUGCAAAAAAAAUUAAAUAUAAUUAUUAUAUUUUAGCCCUAAUUAAAAUUUCCUUACGAGGGGAAAGCAUCAAAGCUGGA